AUGGCGGAUUCGACUACCAACCAGCGUCAGCCCAAUCGCCGGGUUCCCUCAGCGGCGUUACGAGAAGUGACUGCAUCCCCGCGCACGCCGAUGCUAGGUCGCAGCAUCUCGUCACAAUUUGGCAGUCCGGGAGCCUUCCGUGCCGAGCAGGAGGAUGUCUUGGUGUAUGAGCUGGGUGCUCGCCACUUCUCCGCUGGCUUCGCUGGCGAGUCGCGUCCGCGGUGCAUUCUGCCUUUCACUUCCGAGACGGGGCGGCGAGCAGGCGACUAUCGCAUGUACGAUCCAUCGUACGCUAAGAAUGCACGCGAAUGGCGUCUCAAGGGUGGAGAGGAUUGGUCUGCGGACCAUGAGCUGUAUCGGAUGGAUGUGCGGGACAUCGAUCUGGGCCUGGUCGAAGACAAGCUGGAACGGGCAUUGCGAAUUGCCAUGUCUGAUUACUUACAGCUGGACGCUAAACCGCGGAAGGCCAUACUGGUGAUCCCCUCACUCCUGCCGAACCCUUUGGUCGAAGUGGCAUUAAGAGUACUGUUCGCACAUUUCACCCAGCCACCGGCAGUUGCGAUACUGACCAUUCCGGUCAUGUCUUGCGUGAGUGCUGGGAUACGGACUGCGCUUGUGGUGGACAUUGGAUGGGAAGAGACAGUGGUGACUGCUGUAGGGGAGUACAAAGAGAUUGCACAGCAUCGUAGCAUUCGCGCCGGCAAGAUGCUUACGAGGGAGGUCGUCACUACAUUGGAACAGCACAUCAAAUCGCAGGGAGGCCCAGACGGUAUUCAAUUCACAUUCGAUGAGGCAGAAGACAUCGCACAGCGCAUGGCUUGGUGUCAGAGGCGUGAUCCGGAGGACGAUUCGAGUGAAAGUGUGGUGCAGCUUCCACUGCCAGCCAGCGAUCCGCCCACCACGUUUCCAAUUGCUUUCAAUAAACUGGCGGAGCCGGCAGAAAGGACGUUCUUCCCUCUGGACGGUCCUAGGGAGCAUGACGAUCACGAUCAGCCUCUGAAUCUCCUCACCUAUCGCGUUCUCAUGGCCCUGCAACCGGACGCGCGAGCGGUCUGUGUCUCGCGUGUGAUCAUAACGGGAGGAGCCAGCAACCUGCCUGGUCUCAAGAAACGCCUGCUCCAGGAACUGUCUCACCUCGUCGAGACGCGUGGCUGGACUACUGUGUCAAAUUACGGCAGUGCUGCUGCUCGGCAUGCCGAAGUCUUGAAGCAGCAAUCUGUCAACAUGGCUCUCCGAAACGCAAAGAUCGUUGAGGAGCCAGCAUAUUCUCCAGCUCAAAUGCCUCUGCAGGAGCAUGUCCCGCACGCGGACCGUAUUCAUGACCAUCUUAAAGACCCUCUCACGCUCAAAGCUGAGACGGAGGCGAACAGAGGUAAAGUGGAGACUGUCAAAGGUGUUAUCCGGGGUGUAGAGACGUUGGGUCCUUGGGCUGGUGCGAGCUUGAUGGCAAUGCUGAGAGUCAAAGGCGCGUGUGAGAUUGAAAGGGAGGACUUUAUAAAGCACGGAUUGACGAGGGAAGGCAGAGGUGGUGUAGUCUGA